AGGUGAAACGAGGUGACAGGAGUGAAAUGGUGCGCGUGGCGUUCAACGCGCCCCCGACGGGACGGCGCGAGUCCGGCGGGGAGUCGGAGGAGGAGGACGACGAGUUCGACAUGGCCGAGGACGGCAUCCGGGGUCGACGGAUCCGCCAGGUGCCUGUCCGGCUGACGGUGCUGGGAUCCCGGGCGGGCGAGACGGUGGCGACCAAGGACCGCUUCCCCUGGGUCCAUCCGUGGCUGGGGGUCGAACUGGAGUGGAACCACGAGGCGGGAGGCAGGAAGAGGCGCGGGUUCCACCAUUACGUUAAGGGUUACUUCCUGCACACCUGCGGGUACACUGGGAGGGAGCGGAGCAUGCAGCAGUUCCUGCAAGCGUGCGCCAGGGAGCACAACGCCAAGGACUCCCCAGCGAGGGACUACCAGCUGUCGAUGGACGCCUUCCUCCACUUCCUCGGCGAGUCCCAGCUCUGGCAGGAGUUCGCCUUCGAGAGGGUCGUGGCCCUGCUGCGGAGGUGGCACGCGGCGGUCGCCAGGGGGAACGCGCCGGCGACUGUCGGUGGAGGCAGGAGCGAAUGCUGCCAGGGCUCGAGGGAGUCGGAGCGUCUGGUGGAUGUCGCUGCCCUCCUCAACUCGACUUGCGCCGGUCGAACCGUGCUGGCCGGGAUCGCCUGCCCCCACUUCUUCAAGUACGGGCCGGUCCUCUUCCCGGGGAAGGUGGACGAGAUCCUCCGGACCGGGAUCCGGCUGAAGACCUGCCCCGCCGUCGAGGCCCUCCUCGGGGACGGGGAACGGCAAGAGCUGCUGAGGGAUGCCUCGCCCGUUUCAGACUCAGACGAGGAGGAGACGGGGAGCGACACCUCUUGGCGCAUCGUCGCGUCCCGGGCCCUCGCCGCCCUGGAGACCGUGGCGAGACGGUCGCCCUGGAUGCUGGGAUUCCGAGAUGUGGACUCAAACGACGACGGAAUCGAUACGGCAUUGCAGCUGGUGUACGAGGAGUCGGGGAUCGGGGGGCUGGAGGCCCGCCCCGAGGACCUGAGGAGGUGCGGCUUCUACGAGUCCCUCAACGUCCUCUACAGGGACGUGCUGUGCAUCUACGAGGUGCUGAGGGGGACCUGUGCCGAGGGGGGCCACACGUUCGUCCCAGAGUCUCGCCUCAAGGGCCUCCUCUGUCCCGAUUGGAACGGCAGCAUCUGCGUGCGCGGCGACUGGGACUCAGCGAUCUCAACUUUGGAGAAGCACGGCGUGAUCGUCGUCGAGCCGGUGGGAAGCGGUCGACGGAUCUUCCUCCGGCGCCUCCACGCCGCCGAGACCGGGAUAGCAGACCGACUCAAGAGCAUUGCCAUCGGAGGCGAUCAGGACGACGCCUCUUCCCUUUCCGUUGAUCUUGACAGCGACUCGUUCGCACGGUUUCGAGAGGAUGCGGACCAGAUGGAGGCCGUGAGGCGGAUCUCGCAGCAGCCGCUGCUGGUCCUCAACGGUCGCGGCGGGUGCGGGAAGACGGAGGUGGUCGCCUCCGUCCUCGAGGAGGUGCUGGCGCGCCGCAAGCCCCCCGGCUCCCAGGGUGUCGAUGAGACAUCGAUCCACGGGGUUCUCCUCGCGGCUCCGACGGGGAAGGCUGCGUCCAUCCUCAGGAAGAGGAUAUCGCAUCCCGCGUUCACCCUCCAUUCGAUCUUGGUGUCUUAUUGGCAAGCGAAGAAGACCGGAUCGAAGGAUUGGAAGUUCGCGUCGACCGAGAUUCUCGUCGUCGACGAGAGCAGCAUGGUCCCCAUCACGGUGUUCUACGACGUGUUGCGGGCCCUGAGCGCCGCCGAGGCUCCGCUGCAGAGGGUGAUUCUCCUUGGAGACGUGGACCAACUCCCAUCCAUUCAGCCAGGCAAUUUCCUCAGGGACCUGUACUUCGCCCUUGAAGGGACCAGCUGGGCCUUGACCCUGAGGACCAACCACCGUUCCGAGGCCGGACUCAUCGUCCGCAACGCCGAGAUGAUCUCGCGCAGGCGGCCCGAGUCCAUUCGGAUCGACCCAGAGGGCGGCUUCCACUUCAUCCCUCUGGAGGAGGAGGCAUCCGUCCCGCAGUGGGAGAAGAUGACCGUGAUCCCCGAGCUCCUCCGCCUGAGGAGUCUGAAGGCGAAGUUCAUCCAGGAACUCUGUGCAGGGAUCCUCGCUCUCAAGGAUCGACUGGGGAUCCAGGACCCGUACUCCUCGCAGAUCAUCGCGUUUCACAACCUCGUCUGCGGGCACCUGAACGAGUACGCGUGCGAAGAGUACAACGGGCACAAGUCGAAGCGCACGAAUCGGGCGGGACGCACGUCGGCUCACUUCGAACGUGGCGACAAGGUGAUCUGUCGCAAGAACAACGACGUCGGCGUGCACUCGACAGAGGGAGCAUCGGGCUCGAGACGGAAAAUCGUUCCCAUCGCCGGCUCCGAGAACCACGAUGUCGACCGGACGGGCUCUGCGUCGGCCCCGGGAGACAAAGGAGAGAAGCCGAAGCCGAAGACGGUGCGGUUCAUGAACGGAUCCCUCUUCAGAAUUUCGCAAGAGCUCAUCGGUGCGGACGGGCAGAAGUGCUACGAGCUGGACGAUCUGGACGGGCAGCGGUUUCUGGUGAACGCCGGGGAAUUGAAGAGAGCGACCAGGCUGCAGCACGGAUACGCCCUCACGAUCCAUAAGUUCCAGGGCUCGGAGGCGGAGAACAUCCUGUACGUGAUGGCCUUCGACAACAAGUUCGUGACCAGCCAGACGCUGUACACGGCCGUGACCAGGGGCAAGAAGAAUGUUUUCAUCGUUGGGAAAUGGAGCGAGUUCGAGCGUGCCGCUCGUCGACCGGCACACCAUCGAGACACGACCCUGAUGGAAAGGCUUGCCCCGUUCCCCCCGGCGAGGCCAUCGACACUGCCGAACGAGGACAUUCUUGAUCGGCGAGACGAGGAGGACUUGCCGGGGACUCCAACCCUCACGGUCGGGCUUGGUCGCGAGAUGGAGGUGUUGCCAGGGCCCUCGACCACUGUCGAGGAGGUGUUGCCAGGGCCCUCGAAUGCUGCCAGGCAGGUCUUCUUCAGUCAGGGGGACGAGGACGAGUUUCCUUGGACCCCGAUCCCUGCCGACGAGCUCGUCGACGGUCGGGGAGACGAGGAGGAGGACUUGCCGGGGACCCCGACCCCUCUCGAGAGGGAAAUGGAUUGGCUUCUCGAUGCAGGCGUCAAAGGCGAGGCGAGCCCACUGAAGCGCCCGCUGGAGGAAUUCCCGUCCCCGGGGACGCACGAGCGGCUGACGAACCUGGCGCUGGGCAGCCCCACGGCCAAGAGGCGGUUGCCGUUCGCCAAGUGAACGACUCGGUUUUCGUCUUUUCGGCGUGAUCUCUAAAUUUACGAUUUUUAAAGCCGUUUCUUGAUAUCAUGAUCAUUUUGUGAUUCCUUUUUGUCGGUCGGUUGAAUCAUUUUCACAAAUUUGUUGCCCCAAGAGUGGUGGUUUUUAGAAAUAAAUUCGUUGGCG